AUGGAAUGGGAAAAUUUUGCAUGGUUAAUCGGUGAUUUGGGUUUAUCGCAACCUGCGAAUAGCACUUUAUUAAAUAACAAAAUAUAUGGAGUAAUACCUUAUAUUGCACCAGAAAUAUUUAAAGGUGCUAAAUUUUCAAAAGAAUCUGAUAUUUAUAGUUUAGAAUGUUUGAAUUCUGACCCAUUGAAAAGACCUUCUAUAAAUCAAAUUAUUGAAAUUUCUUAUAAUUGGUAUAAAAAUAAGCUUGCAAACCAAUUCAAACUAGCUGAAAGUAAAAGAAUAGAAUUAAUACAAUUGAAAGAACUUGGUCCAAAAAAACCUCAUUCAGGAGCAAUUUUUACAAGUAGAUCGUUAGCCUCUUUGAUUUCCGCUACAAAUUUAUCAUUGAAUAAUAUGAAUCGAGAAUCAAUCAAUUCAUCUUCAAGAAUUUCAUUUGACAUGAAACAAGAAUACAUUUCAAAGGAAUAUGAGCUUGAUAUAAAUAAAAAUCAAUGCUCUUCCAAUAUUUAUCACUCAAAUGUGAUUUACCCUAGUAGACUGUUAAAUCAAUUGAUUUCAACUGUAAAUUCUUCUAAAAAGCGUAAUAUUGAAGAAUUAGAAAUUGAAGUUCGAAAUGAUCGAAACAAUGGUAUGGAAUUUAAUUAA